AUGGGUGCGUUUGCCGGGAGUCGAACCCGGGUCUAUUGCUUGGAAGGCAAUUAUCCUAACCCUUGGACUACAAACGCUUGAUGCUGCUUCGAUGACAAUGGCAUCACAUAAGCAUAUAGAUAGUGCAUUCAAUCAAAGUGGUAAAAUAGUGGGUGUGUUCUGGAACUCGAGCGGCUAUAGGCAAUGGAGAUGACGCUCAGCCGCGGGCAGUGGAUGAGGCGGCACCUCGCAACCCUCUGCUUCCCUUCCUCUUCCUCUCUCACACCACUCCGCUUUCUCCCCAUCGCCAAUUCCAAUGCCCGAUUUCUCUCUUUCUCAGCUGCUGCCACUCUCCAAUCCAACGUCCCCCUCAACCCUAAAGUUAACUUAGAGUGCGACGGAGGUAUGGAAAUUCCAAUCAAGGGUUCCAUGGUGCUUUUGAAAGGGAUGAGAUAUCACGAGCUUGAGAAAUGGGUUCAGUCGCAUGGCUACAGGCCUGGUCAGGCUAUGAUGUUAUGGAAACGCUUGUACGGAAACAAUAUCUGGGCUCACUGCCAUGAAGAAUUAGAAGGUUUGAACAAGGAUUUCAAAAAGAUGUUAAGUGCACAUGCUGAAUUCAAGGCACUACACUUAAAGGAUAUGAUUUCAGCUUCAGAUGGAACCAAGAAGAUACUGUUCACUUUGGAGGAUGGACUAGUGAUUGAAACCGUUGUGAUUCCUUGUCCUAGAGGCCGGACUACAGUAUGCGUUUCUAGUCAAGUGGGGUGUGCCAUGAAUUGUCAGUUUUGUUACACCGGGAGAAUGGGACUGAAAAGAAAUUUAUCUGCUGCCGAGAUUGUGGAGCAGGCUGUGUUUGCAAGGCGACUGUUCUCACAUGAAGUUGGUAACAUAACAAAUGUUGUAUUCAUGGGGAUGGGCGAACCGCUUCACAACAUUGAGAAUGUUCUAAAAGCUGCUGACAUAAUGGUAGACGAGCAAGGUCUUCAAUUCAGUCCUCGUAAGGUUACUGUCUCGACUAGUGGUCUUGUUCCACAAUUAAAGCGUUUCCUUAAAGAAUCCAACUGUGCAUUAGCUGUCAGUUUGAAUGCUACCACGGAUGAGGUCAGAAAUUGGGUCAUGCCAAUCAACCGCAAGUAUAACCUUGAGCUACUUCUUGGUACACUUCGGGAGGAACUUCGCUUGAAACGCCACUACAAGGUCUUAUUCGAAUAUGUAAUGCUUGCUGGAGUGAACGACAGUGUCGAAGAUGCUAAGCGGUUGAUCAAUCUUGUCCAAGGCAUUCCUUGCAAGGUCAAUCUAAUAUCUUUCAAUCCCCAUUGUGGGUCAAACUUUAAGCCAACCACAGACGAGAAGAUGAUAGAGUUCCGCAACAUACUUGCAAAAGCAAGAGUGGUGGUCUUCGUACGACCCAGCAGAGGCGAUGAUCAGAUGGCCGCCUGUGGCCAGCUUGGCAAGCCGGGUGAAAUCCAGGCUCCCUUGCUCAAAGUCCCACUUAAGUUUCGGCCUGUGCUGGAUUCUUCGCUCUCAGCGUAGGGUUUGACCAAAUUUGCCUGGCUGCAUAUAACUUUUAUCUGGUUUCAGUUCUUGGAAAUCUGAUUGUUGUGAUCUCCCUACGUGCUCUGUCUGUUUCACCUUUUUUGUAGUAGCUUUUAGUUUUUAGUUACUCCAUAAGAAUGUUAGGGCUAGAGGUUGAAUGGAACCUUUCAAUAAAUGUACCAACUGAUAUAUACUCCUAUAUAUAUAUAUAUUAAUUCAUCAUUUUCUUAUUAA